GUGAAAAAAGUAACAAAUAGACAGUGUCUGGUUGGGGGUAGGGAAGAGGAGAGAAAAGACCGACCCAACAACACCGCGUAGAGUUAGCAAACCUACAAUYGUGGUUGUUAGAUAUCGUUMGUUUUUCUURCCUAGCUAGUCUUUUCCGAAGUCCAAGAAAGUUAUCGUGGGCUAGCUACUUAAGAGUAGAAACGUAACGUUAAACAGAAGGAGGGACAUGGCCCAGGAGACCAACCAGAACCAAGGGCCGCUGCUCUGCACUACUGGCUGCGGUUUCUACAGCAACCCGCGAAACAAUGGCAUGUGUUCGAUGUGCUACAAGGACUUCCUCCAGAGACAAAACAACAAUGGACGAGUCAGUCCACCAGUGUCGUCCUCGGCGGCGGUUAGCAGCCUGGGGGAGUCCCUCCUAGCCCAGUGCUCAGAGAGCAGUACUGUAGAUGUGCCGUCAGCCACGACCCACACAGACACCAGGAUGAACAGGUACAGUAG